ACCGAACUUUCCUCCCCUUAACCUGACCCGGUAACUGACACCCCCACGCUCUUUCUCCAUCCGUCGCCUCUCCUUUUCAGAGUGUGUGGCGCCCCGCCCCUCGUCACAGCCUCCAGUGAGCCCCUGGCCCAGGAUUGGCUCAAGAAACAUGGAACCUACUUCUUGUGACACAUUUGUGGCCUUGCCUCCUGCAACAAUUGGCAAUAGGAUUAUUUUUGGAAAAAAUUCAGAUAGACUUUUUGAUGAAGUACAAGAAAUAAUUUAUUUUCCUGCUUCAUUUCAUAGCCAUGGAAAAAAACUUGAGUGUACCUAUAUACAAAUUGAACAAGUGAAAGAAACACAUGCUGUUAUACUAAGUCGGCCAUCUUGGUUAUGGGGUGCAGAAAUGGGAGCCAAUGAACAUGGAGUUUGCAUUGGCAAUGAAGCUGUAUGGGGAAGAGAAGCAGUAUGCGAUGAAGAGGCCUUACUUGGCAUGGACCUUGUCAGGCUUGGACUUGAAAGAGCUGAUACAGCUGAAAAAGCAGUCAGUGUCAUUGUUGAUUUACUAGAAAAAUAUGGACAGGGUGGAAAUUGUUCGGAGAGUAUGGUAUUUAGCUAUCACAAUAGUUUUCUGAUAGCUGAUCGGCAUGAAGCAUGGAUUCUCGAGACCAUAGGACAAUAUUGGGCAGCAGAAAAAGUAGAAGAGGGAGUUCGUAAUAUUUCCAAUCAACUCUCUAUAACAACCAAGAUUGACAGAGAGCAUCCAAAAAUGAGAGAACAUGCUAAGGAUAAAGGUUGGUGGGAUGGUCAAAAGGAAUUUAAUUUUGCUGCUGUGUAUGGCCCUCUUAAUAGUUCCUGGAUUACUACUUCAUCAGGCAGAUACUAUGAGGGUUGCCAGCUUCUGAACAAACACAAAGGAAAUAUGACUUUUGAAACAAUGAUGGAAAUUCUCCGAGAUAAAGAAAGUGGCAUUAAUAUGGAGGGAGAGUUUCAGACUACUGGCAGCAUGGUUUCUGUUUUGCCUUCAGAUCCCAGCCUUCCAUGCAUUCAUUUCUUUACAGGAACCCCUAAUCCUGAAAGAUCUGUUUUUAAACCAUUCAUAUUUGUAUCAAAUAUGACUCAGUUACUAGAAACUAACUCACCAACAUUUGGACAUGAAGAUCCAGUUAAAAAGAAGCCACGUUUUCAGAGUAAACCUGACAGAAGACAUGCUCUUUAUCGCAAACAUGAACAGGCAAUUGAAAUAAUAGAGUCUAAUGAGAACCGCGACCCAGCCGCUGCCAGUGCUGCUGCCGCUGCCCGUGAGGAAGGCAAGGCUGGGGCGGGCGCUGCCCGCGGGUCUGUGGGCAAGAGGUUACAGCAGGAAUUGAUGACCCUAAUGAUGUCUGGAGACAAAGGAAUCUCUGCCUUCCCAGAGUCAGACAAUCUCUUCAAGUGGAUUGGGACCAUCCAUGGGGCAGCUGGGACAGUAUAUGAAGACCUAAGGUACAAGCUCUCCUUGGAAUUCCCCAGUGGCUACCCAUAUAAUGCUCCCACUGUGAAAUCUGUCACACCUUGUUACCAUCCUAAUGUGGACACCCAAGGCGAUAUCUGUUUUGACAUCCUCAAGGACAAGUGGUCAGCUCUGUAUGAUGUCAGGACCAUCCUGCUAUCUAUCCAGAGCCUGCUGGGAGAACCCAACAUUGACAGCCCAUUGAACACACAUGCUGCUGAACUUUGGACAAACCCCACAGCCUUUAAAAAGUACCUGCUGGAAACCUACAUGAAGCAGGUGACUAGCCAAGAGCCCUGACCCUGGCUGCCCAGCCCACCUUCCUUCAUCUUGUGUGUAUGUGUAUAUGUAUGCGUCUAUCUUUUUCCCUUCCUCAUAACCUGUCUUCUUCUUUUUUCUGUACAGGACUCUUUCAUAGACUGUUUUCCUUUCCCUUUUUUUCCCCUUAAACUCUUGUCCAGCCCUCAACAUUAAUGUAUAAAUAAAGGAAGUUUUGUUGUUGUUGUUGUUUUUUUUAAAAAAAGGAAAAUUUGAAGGAAUGAAAAUAAGAUUGGUGUUAAGGAAUGACAGAAAAGACCUCUUAUGUAUUUUUUGCACUAUUCAAAUAAGUCAAAAAAUUAUAAGAAAAACAUUUUCUGCAACACAAAUUAAAAGAGCUAUUUUAUUGAUAAACUUGCUAUAUUAUUGAGGUCACAGGUACAAAGAUAUUUUCAUUUGAUAAAACUGGCAUAUCCUUAAUUCUAAAAAUAUUUUAACAUAACAAAAGUACUCUGUUAACCAAACUUGCAGAUCCUAAUGAUCAACAGUUUUCUGUCAGUACUUUCUGUGCUAAAAGAUGCAGUUUUCUGCUUCCCUUUAAGAAAAUGUAUGCAGUAACUUGUGCAGAGAUAAAACAAUUGAUUCUUAACUUAAAUUUGAGAUGCUUACUAAGCAUGUAAGUUGGCAUCUCAAAUACUGCAAUUGUAAAUCAGUUCUUCCUAGCAUAAGUUAUAUUUAAGCUUAAAAUCAAGACAAACUUCAGAGCAUUAGAACAGUCACAAUUAGAAUGUAAAAAACUAAGGUUUCCUUGCCAAGGUGAAUCUAAUUGGCAAAACAAACUGCUCUACUACCCCCAAAACAUAAUUAAAAUAAAUGUCACAGCAAAGUGUUUAGAUUUACUCUUAAAUACACUAGGGUUUUCCUAUUUUUUU